AUAUAUAUAUAUAGUUUUUUCUUCUUUUUUUUCAUUCCAUUCUUAACUACGUUUAACAAGUUUGAAGCAGAAGACAAAUUUUCGAAGAUAACUUUUCUUUCCAUGUUAUUUGUUUUGAUUAACCUAUUCAAACCGAACCUUUCCAAAUCGUCGUUUAUUUUUGGAACUGUAACAAUUACGAUCGAUAUUCGAAGGAUUAAACGUCUCAAGUUAAUUCGCGAUUCGGUAAAUCGAAAUAAUUUAUUUAACAUGAUCGUAUUAGAUUGAACGAUAUUUAUCCGAUAAAAUUUAUACUUGAACAAAAUAUCGUUUUAAAACGAUCCGCAUUUCGAUUCAACUCGAUCAGGAAGCAAUAAAGGAAGAUGUUAAAUGAGAAUAGAAAAAUCGAUAGAACGGUUUUAAACGAUCGUUUUCGACGACAGAUGCGAUCACUGUUCCUAUUAAAAAUCUUGCAAGGUUGUUCGGUUAAAUUUUUGAUCGAAUAAGGAAAAAAGAAGAACAAAGCGAAAGGAAGAGGAAAAAGGGGGAAAAAGAAGAAGAAGAAAAGAAAAAAGAAGAAAAAAAAUGAAGAACGAGGAGAGUGUUGAACGAGGUGAACGAUGGACGUUUCAUAGUUGGUUUAGUUGAUUUUCAAGAUAUCCGUCGAAGAGGAGAAGAUAAAUAGAUUUUAUAUAGAUUAGGAUAAUAAGAUAUUUUAUUUCGAUAAUGUCCGUAAGAACGAUGGACAAGGCAAGAAAAAAUAUAUAAAUAAAGAAAUAAUCUAAUGGCACGUCUUGCGAGUGAAUAUAAACAUAUUCAAAUAACAGUGUGAAUAAAUUUAUCGAGUAACGUCGAUCAAAAAAGAAAGAAAGAAAGAAAGAGAAAGAGAAAGAGAGAAAGAGAGAGAAGGAUGGAGGAUUAAGAGGAUCACGAAAUGCCGACGAUCGACAGGCUCGUAACGAGAAGAAACGCCAAUGAAGAACCGGAGGAACAUUCGACGACAGAUACGAACACGGGACAACCAACAAACGAUUUGAAUGUAUCCGAAUUGUUAAGACCCUGUGGUGAUGGUCGUGAAAAUGUUGGGGAACCUUGCCUCGAGGAAACUGGAAGAAAUGAUUCUUCGAGAGAGAAACGCAGUCUUCUUGGUAAUUUUCAAAGAAGAGCCUUCAACAGGAUCAGCUUCAGAGGAGAGUCCGGACCUCUUUUGACCAGAUAUCGUCAAACCAGAUUCAGUUCUAGAAGAGUACGUAAGAGAGUAGUGUUCAAGCAUGGAGAUUGCAACGUCGUUCAAGGAAACGUUGCUAAACGUCGUCGUCGUUAUUUGCAGGAUAUUUUCACCACUUUAGUCGACGCUCAAUGGCGCUGGACGCUUCUUGUUUUCUCGAUGAACUUUUUACUUUCUUGGCUCGGUUUUGCUCUGAUUUGGUGGUUGAUCGCUUAUAGCCACGGAGACCUUGAUCCACGUAAUUACAACUCGCCGAAUUUUACAUUUACUCCUUGCGUCCAAGAAAUACAUAGUUUCACCAGCUGUUUCCUCUUUUCCGUCGAGACACAGCACACGAUCGGAUAUGGCUCUAAACACACGACGGACGAAUGUCCAGAGGCGAUAUUCGUUAUGUGUAUACAAUCGAUGACAGGAGUGAUCUUACAAGCCUUUAUGGUCGGCAUAGUAUUCGCGAAGUUGUCUCGACCGAAGAAAAGAACGCAGACCCUCCUUUUCUCGAGGAACGCUGUAAUAUGUCAGAGGGACGGCCAAUCGUGUCUGAUGUUUCGCGUCGGGGACAUGAGAAAGAGUCAUAUCAUCGAGGCCCACGUCAGAGCACAAAUGAUCAAAAGAAAGGUGACGAGAGAGGGCGAGCUCCUACCGUUCUUCCAAACGGAAUUAAAAGUCGGCGGAGACGGGGAGGAGGACAAGAUAUUUUUUAUAUGGCCAACAACGAUAGUUCAUAAGAUUGAUGAACAUUCGCCACUUUAUCAUAUAUCCGCCAGCGAUAUGCUUCGAGAACGUUUCGAGAUUGUCGUUAUUUUAGAAGGUGUGAUCGAAUCGACCGGUAUGACGACGCAAGCUAGAAGCUCCUAUCUACCGUCGGAAAUUCUUUGGGGACAUCGUUUCGAGCACAUUAUCACAUUCCGUAAGGAAACCGGCGAAUACGAGGUCAAUUACAGUCUCUUUAAUAACACUUACGAGGUCGAUACUCCCCUCUGUUCUGCAGCCGAUCUCGAUCAUAUCAGAGCGAUGCAUCGAGCUAAAGGAGAACGCGUUAGUUCAGGUGCAUUUCCAUAUCACGACGUCUCGAGCAGUUCUCUGACUACAAGUUCCGGUUCGAGUUUGGCCUCUUCUCUCGGUGGUCUUCAUAUGCAUGCACCUCCGUUGACUCCACCGACUCCGAUUCCGGUUAUGAUCACCGGUCCUGACGGCACCUUGAGACGAGAGAGCGUAAACAGCGUGCAAGUUGAACCAAGACGGCCAAUAUUUUAUACUCCCGACGAGUCGAUCGAUAACGAGAUUGCUUGCGGAGCUACUCCCGUCAGUCCGGAAGAAUCAAGAGUGCAAGAGGAAUACAAUCGUGCCUUGGAGGAUAUCAAUGCGACGCUUAGAAAAAACAGAAAACAUAAUUGCAAGGAUGAGAAGAAGAUUCAUCGGGAAGGCUCGAAGAGUACUCUCGAUUCGAAGAAAAGCGACUCGAGAAUUAAUAUCGAAGGAAUGAAAAGAUCAACUUCACGUCCGACCAUCGAUCAAUGUCAAGCUCGCAAUAAAAAGUCAUCCUCGAAGUCGACUUUGGAUCCCAGACAUAGCAAAUUUAAGGGCUCGCAUGAGUCUCUUCGCGACGCUAUGCCGAGGAGAUUGAGUUUGUGCGACGGUCACAAGGCUAAAGACAUGCAAAAGAAGACGUCCUUUGUAUUGGGAAACGAAGAGGAAAUGAGAAGCGUAGAGAUAACUAUACCAACGAUAUCAACGUCGUUGGGAGUUCCUCAGCGAUUAGAGAUCGUCGUCGACUCACCGGAAUCAAAUCAUCGCUUGGAACGCGUGAAUGCGUGCGAAGACGUCUAAUUUACAGAGUCAAAGGACGAUAGGAUAAGCCAGCAAAGAGAAGAAGGACGUGGAAGCUGCCGAACGAGAAAGUAAACGCGAAACGAGUUGAAGCUAUGGCGGAUCACAAAACUAUAUCCUUAGCGAGUAACGAUCGCGACUCGACUAUGCGUGGUGAUUUCGAUGAGCGUUCAAGACGCAUUUCAUACUGAUGUUCAAAACAAAGGAAAUAAAAAGAAGGUAGUGAGAGAAGAA